AUUCCAUAAGAAAGUGACGUUUCUGCCAUGCUGGCACCUCGAGAUCUCGGCCAUCCAAUUUACGGGAUGAUCCAACGGCUUAGAUUGAGACAUUCCGUUCAUUUGAAGAUCUGAACCGUCUCUUACCUCCCUCCUCCUUUUUUCUUUUUUUCUUUUUAGGCAAAAAAAAGAAAAUAAAAAAAAUUGUAGGAGGGGAGGAGGAGACGACGAGACGAGAUUACUGAAAUAUAUUCAUUCAUACAGAAGAAAAGAAAGCAUCAAAAGCUGUGGAGGAGUGAAAGUUUUUUUCUCAGUUGAUGGGAGCUUAUUUCUUGUAAGCUUGCAUGAAUGGAUAAGACCAGAGAAGCUCGAAGACCAAGAUCAUCCAUGGCGGCUUCUAAUGGAGUAACAAGACGGAGACAGAGAUUCUCAGAGAAUAGUCGUGAGCAGAUGCAUCCGGGGAAGAAAGAGCGAGACCCGGAAUCGUUGGAUCGGAGUAAGAGGAGACGAAGCGAGAGGUUCGCAACACGGAACGAGAGAGAUGUUGAAGAAGAUAGCUCGGAUGAGAGUCUGGGAGACGACGAUGUGCAUCACAGGAAGAGCUUCCCGUCGGGUCGUAUCCCCAGGCAUGCGUCGUCUUUGAAAGUCGCCGAUGGAAUGAUCGGCGUACCUGUCCCGAGAAAAGCUCGCUCAGCAUGUGUAAAGAGGUCGCAUGACUGCCGGACUUCAUCGGGAAGCGGUGGCGGAGGAUUCGGAGAAGACCGGCGAAGACCUUCAACUUCUCAGGGGAACUAUAGCUUCGAAGUUGUUUCACCGUCUUCUUCAACUGUUUCCGUCAAGCAGAAGAAGAUUGUAAACGGAUCCAAAUCCCGGAUACCCAAGCCGCCUAAAUCAUCCGGCACGGUUGAGGACGACCUGGAGAUCGAAAUAGCAGAGGUUCUUUCGGGGUUGAAGAAGCAGCCUCAUAGCUCUAAGAGACCAGACGAUUCGGAGGUCAAAGGUGCCAAGAAGUUCAAAACGGAAGGUGAUGAUUCCUCGUCAGGUGUAGAUAUUAUUGCCAGUAAAGCUCGAUUCUGUGGCUCUUCCAACUUUGAUAAAUCGACCAACGGAACUAAGACAUCGUCUCCGGUCUCCGAUACUCACAAGGAGAAACAAACACCGACCAUAUUGGAUUCCAAGGUCUCAAAAGGGGUUUCAGAGGGUCCACAAUUGGAAAACAACAACAAAGAUGAGAGUCACUUUAGUACUAGUAUGCGCCAUAUUGAUCUCAUGGUUCCUCCAACAAUGCCCUCCUCGCCAGAUACUGUUUCUCCUCUUCCAUUCGUUUCUGAUUAUUGCAAGCGGGAUAGUUCUGUAAAGAGCAAAGAAAAGAUUAUUCUCAAGAAUGAGAUGACUCCAGAUCAAGUCCAACAGCAUAAGAUUGAGAAACACCAAUGGCUGAAUCUUGAUUUAGAGAGACCUAACCAAGAGACCGGCAGAGAUUCUAACCUGAGAUUACAGAAUUUUGAUUGGAGCCAACCUCCGCAGGCUAUAUCUGCUCAGCAGAGUCCGGUCUUACCUUUUCCGGUACCUGUAGGCAGCUGGCCUAGCGGGCUUCCUCCUCAGGCAUAUGUACCCCUGAUCCAGACCGGUAAGCCUGUGGAUGGGAGCAAUGGAUCUUCUACAUUAGUGCAGGGUGCUCCUUUUUCUGCCUCUCAGCCUAGGCCUAAAAAGUGUGCCACACACUUUUUCAUUGCCCGGAAUAUUCAGCUACAUCAGCAUUUCGUCAAAACAAACCAUGUAUCUACGCCAAAUAAAUGUACUGUAUAUCUUAGUGGUGGUGACUUGAGGCCAGCUGCUGGAAGCCCAUCCUUGCAAGGAAGCUCUCCGAUUAUCAGUUUAAACUCCCAGGCACAUGAUGGAAUCGCAGAUAAUAGUUCUACGCCCAAGGAGAAAACCUCUGAAAGAGUUUAUUAUGCCUCAACCAGACAAAAGAAGCCUCAACCAUCCCCUGCACCAAGUAAUAUAGUGCCUGCUCCAGCUUUCAACUUCCCAACAAAUCAUCAUAUGCAACCAGUCAUGGUAUCUUCUAAAUUACCUGGCCCAUCAAAGAGCCCACGUGUGGCAGUUGGUUCAACAUCCGUCAACUUCAGUCAUCAAAGUUCCUCAGCUAGCGAAACUUAUUCUCCAUACUUAACAGUUCUUCCAAACAAUGCGUAUUCUUUUCAAUUGUCAUCACCCAUCAGAGGUGGGACUACAAGCCAAGCGUUACCUUACUUCAAUGGGUCCUUUUAUUCGCAACAGAUGUUCCAACAACCUCCUCAGCUUAUGCAGAGACAGAGUCCAGCCCAGAGGGAGUCAAAAGCAUCACACUGUUCCUCGUCAUCCCACAGGCAACCGCAACCGCUAGUUAGUGUGAAUAGUCUUUCAGGCCAAGCUAAGGUUCAGCAACACCGUCAACAGUCACAAAAGUCUGAAGUUAAAUCAGCUGGAGAUAGCUCUGAUUUAAGGGGUAGCCACAAUCUGAAAGGAGGCCCAAAUGGUCAGAUCAUGACAGGCCCUGGUCAGCCACAAAAGUUUUCCAUGUCGUUUGCGUCUUUUGCAACCGGUGCUACCCCUGCAAAUCUGAAUUUCUCAUCCAAUGGCUACCACAUAAUCUCUACACCUUCUGGUGCUCACCAGAAAAACCAUCAAGCAAGUGACUCAAAGAUUGGAGGUGUAAGCUGUUUAAGCAAUGCCGAAGACCUGAAAAAGACUCUUCCUGGGAAGGUUCCAGCGAUGAUGAAUGGACAGACGCUGGUUUUUGACAAUCCAUCGAGAACCCUCAACUUUGUUUCUGGUACUUGGCCUCCUACUUCAGCAAGGACAAUAAAUGGGGACCCUUCAGUGUUUACCCAGCAUCAUUCGCAGAGGCAGCAGCAAUCUGGUCGGAGUAAAAUGAUGAGUCAUUCGCAGGCUGACUCUGUUUCUGCCACGUCAUCCCAGUGGAAAAACCCAGCAACCUCAUCACUCACGUCGUGUAAUCUCAAGCAGUUCCAGUCUCAGCAGCAGAUAAAAACACAUGGACAGACUCAGAUUUCUUUUGCUGCACCAUUAAAGUCGCAAUAUUCUCAGGAGCAACAUGGGAGAUCUGGUAGUUCUUCUUCAGUCACCGGGUCUGCUUCGCAUGGCAAAGCAGGAAACCCUAAGGUCAGCAAUAGCAAACUCUUGCCAUUAUCACCUGUUCCUUCUUCUCCUGCACACGCACAGGAACAGACGGAUAAUUCAGCUUCCGGGUCGACCAAGAAUACUUCUCCCGUAUGUGGAAGGACCGUGCCACCAGUUAUAACUUCAUGCCCGGGUCAUAUAUCUGAGCUCAAGUACUAGUAGUUUUCAUCGAAGCAGACGUAUAAAGCCACAAUUUUUGCAGUGUCUAGCUUCGAAUUUAGGCUAUUCCCAGAUGAGGUGAUACCUUAAUGGUUAGUAAAAGCACCGCUUCUCCAGGGAGUGAAAGCUUUUGGGUCAGUAUCUAAUUUGUUAAAUGUUUUAUGGGGUUUAAAUUAUGUCAGUAGACUCUUAGUGUAGAUAUUUAGACUAACAAAAAACCAUUCCCCAUUUUAAUUUAUUUCAAAUACAUUCCUCAA